AUGGCUCCUCCAGUGCUGGGCUGGCUGGUGAAUCGCUCCCUCCUCCUUCCCCUGGACUCUGCUCACCUGCUCACCUCCAAAGCCUCCUGCCUGCAGCUGGCUGCCACCGGGAACAUCAACAUCAUCCUGCAGCACUACAACUUCUCGGGCAAGCUCAGCAAGCGCCACUCCGCCGACGAGGGCAUGGGGCCUCUGCGCACGGCCUUCGCCGUCAUCAGCUGCCUCAUCAUCGUGGAGAACCUGCUGGUGCUGCUGGCCGUGCUGCGCUGCCUGCGGGGCCGCCGCUGGGUCUACUCCUGCAUCGCCAGCAUCACCCUCAGCGACCUCCUGGCGGGCAUCGCCUACCUCUGCAACCUCUGCCUGUCGGGCAGCAAGACCUUCCAGCUGUCCCCUCAGCUCUGGUUCCUCAGGGAGGGCAUCCUCUUCGUGGCCUUGGCGGCCUCCACCUUCAGCCUGCUGGUGACGGCGGUGGAGCGCUACGGCGCCAUGGUGAGGCCCAUCGCGGAGAGCGAGGCCAGCAAGACGCUGCGGCUGCGCGGCCUCAUCGCGGCCUGCUGGCUGCUGGCCUUCGCCAUCGGCCUGCUGCCCAUGCUGGGGUGGAACUGCCUUUGUGAUUUCCAGGCCUGCUCCGUGCUCCUGCCGCUCUACUCCAAGAAUUAUAUCCUGUUCUCCGUGGUGAUGUUCAGCGUGAUCCUCCUGGGGAUCAUCGGGCUCUACAUCUCCAUCUUCCUGCUGGUGCAGGCCAGCUCCAGGCAAAGCUGCUCGCGGAAUGGCCGCCGGCGCUCGCUGCGCUUGCUGAAGACGGUGCUGAUGAUCCUGGGGGCUUUCAUCGUGUGCUGGAGCCCUCUCUUUGUGCUGCUGCUCUUGGAUGUGUUCUGUGACACCGGGGCCUGCAACCACCUGCGCAGCCUGGACUGGACCCUGGCUCUGGCACUGCUCAACUCAGGGGUCAACCCCGUCAUUUACUCGCUACGCAGCGUGGAGGUUCGCCGGGCCGUGGGCAGCCUGCUGAGCUGCUGCUGUGUCAGGGCUGGGCUCUGCAGGCCUGGCAGCUGCGUGACCAUCUCGGACAUCAACUCUGGUUCCUCCACGGAGAGCUCCCUGCGCUGCCGGGACAGCUUCCGAGGCCCCACGGCCAAGAGCGCUCAGCCCAGGGCGCCUCUGUCCAGCAACUCCAGCAUGAUGAGCAAUCUGCCCAGCCUGUGA